AAUGCGGUAAUUUCCUGCUGCAUGGAAGAGGAGAUGGUUUGUGUUGCGCAGUGGCCGUUUGACUGGAGAUCCAGAUGUCUUGGAAUAUUACAAAAAUGAUCAUGCCAAGAAGCCUAUUCGUAUUAUCGAUCUAAAUUUAUGUCAGCAAGUCGAUGCUGGAUUGACAUUUAACAAAAAAGAGUUUGAAAAUAGCUAUAUUUUUGAUAUCAACACUAUUGACCGGAUUUUCUAUUUGGUAGCAGACAGUGAGGAGGAGAUGAAUAAGUGGGUCCGGUGUAUUUGUGACAUCUGUGGGUUUAAUCCUACAGAAGAAGAUCCUGUGAAGCCGCCCAGCAGCUCCUUACAAGCACCUGCUGAUCAAGCUUUCACUAUAAACACAGUGCCAUCCUCCACCCAGGCGGAUCCUUCCCCUGCUGCUCUACCCCCUCCAUAUCAGCUCAUCAGCCUCCCACCACACCCGGAAACUCUGGGCAUCCAGGAAGACCCUCAAGACUACCUCUUGCUGAUCAACUGUCAAAGCAAGAAGCCUGAACCCACCAGCCAAGGGUCAUCUUUUGUUUCUGAAGAAGGAGAGGAAUACCUACUACUAGAAGAUUUUGAAAGCAAAACGAUUCCAUUGCAAACCCAUGCUGAUUCUGCAAAAUCCACCUCAUCUGAAACGGACUGCAAUGAUAACGUCCCUCCUCAUAAAAAUCUUGCUUCCUCCCAGAGCAAACAUGGAAUGAAUGGCUUUUUCCAGCAGCAAAUGAUGUAUGACUCUCCACCAUUACGUGCUGCAUCUGUCUCUGUAGACUCCAGCCUUUAUAACCUGCCCAGGAGUUAUUCCCAUGAUGUUUUGCCAAAGGAGUCUCCAUCGAGUACUGAAGCAGAUGGAGAACUCUAUGUUUUUAACACCCCUUCUGGGACAUCAAGUGUAGAGACUCAAAUGAGGCAUGUGUCUAUUAGUUACGACAUUCCUCCAACACCUGGUAAUACUUACCAGAUUCCACGAACAUUUCCAGAAGGAACCUUGGGACAGACAUCAAAGCUUGAUGCUAUUCCAGAUAUUCCCCCACCUCGGCCACCGAAACCCCAUCCAACUCAUGACCGUUCUCCUGUGGAAACGUGUAGUAUCACACGCACAGCCUCAGACACUGACAGUAGUUACUGCAUUCCCACAGCAGGGGUGCCACCAUCACGAAGUAAUACCAUUUCCACCGUGGAUUUGAACAAAUUACGAAAAGAUGCUGGUUCUCAAGACUGCUAUGAUAUUCCACGAACAUUUCCAAGUGAUAGAUCGAGUUCACUUGAAGGCUUCCAUAACCACUUUAAAAUCAAAAAUGUGUUGACAGUGGGAAGUGUCUCAAGUGAUGAACUAGACGAAAACUACGUCCCAAUGAAUCCCAACUCGCCACCACGACAACAUUCCAGCAGUUUCACAGAACCAAUUCAGGAAGCAAAUUAUGUGCCAAUGACGCCAGGGACGUUUGAUUUUUCUGCAUUUGGAAUGCAAGUUCCUCCUCCUGCUCACAUGGGCUUCAGGUCCAGCCCCAAGACCCCUCCUAGAAGGCCAGUUCCUGUCGCAGACUGUGAACCACCCCCCGUGGAUAGGAACCUCAAGCCGGACAGAAAAGGUCAAAGUCCCAAAAUUUUAAGACCCAAACCCCAUGGUUUAGAGCGAACCGAUUCACAAACCGUAGGUGACUUUCCCACCAGGAGAAAGGCCAAGCCAGCACCUUUAGAAAUAAAACCUUUGGCAGAAUGGGAAGAAUUACAAGCUCCAGUUAGAUCUCCCAUCACUAGGAGUUUUGCUCGAGAUUCCUCUAGGUUUCCCAUUUCCCCCCGGCCGGAUUCAGUGCAUAGCACAACAUCAAGCAGUGACUCACACGACAGCGAAGAGAACUAUGUUCCCAUGAACCCAAACCUGUCCAGUGAAGAUCCAAAUCUUUUUGGCAGUAAUAGCCUGGAUGGAGGAAGCAGUCCUAUGAUCAAGCCCAAAGGAGACAAACAAGUGGAAUACUUGGAUCUAGAUUUAGAUUCUGGGAAAUCCACACCACCACGUAAGCAAAAGAGCAGUGGCUCUGGCAGCAGUGUGGCCGAUGAGAGAGUGGACUAUGUCGUGGUGGACCAGCAGAAGACCCUGGCUCUGAAGAGUACCCGGGAGGCCUGGACAGAUGGCAGACAGUCCACGGAAUCUGAGACACCAACCAAGAGCGUGAAGUGAAAACACUGCUUUGCCAUUUCCGGGCAGAAGUGAACUGAAUCAUGGAGAUAAACCCUGCUUGAAGCCAUCUCGACACUUCUGCUCUUAAUUAGAUCAUCCAGUGAGCAGAGUUGAAAUCAAAGGGCCUUUCGGACAUAAACAAUUUGGACUGAAAAUGGUGCUUCGUGGUUUCUGAACAAUUUGUAACAUGUAAAUACUGUGGGAAAAUAGUAUUGUGUAGCUCCCAGAAAAACAUUUGUCUCAUAGUUAACACACUUGUAGUAUUACUGUAUUUAUGCACUUUUCAUUUAAAACAUUGGUUUGGGUAUUCCCAAUGUACCUUAACAGAAUUCCCUGGGGAGUUCUUGUUUUUCCUCACACUACUCUAUAUAACGAUACUAAGUUAACUAAGCUACUUUUAGAUCUGGACAUUGCUGUUUAAUCUACAGUCUAACAACAUGAGAAGUAGAUUCAUAAGUUAGCCGUCUCCCUGAAGCUUCAGGUCGUAAUUAUUAGCUUAAACUGGGCUAUAAUUCGAUUCAUCUUUUUACCUUCCGAAAUGCAGACGAUAAUGUAUAUACAGGUGUCAGAAUCUAGUUCUUUGCUUCAUGUUCAUUUAGUUUUUAAUGGUAGAUCUUUGUUAUGUUUUGUUAAUUACAGUGUUUUUGGUUCAUUGAGUGAAGAUUCUGCAGGGUGGGAUCUUGCACCUUUGAAAGACUGAAUGUAAUUACACUAUCACGUAAGCCUGGAAAUUGUUGAUGGCAUGUAGUGAUGAUGUGCUCUUACACUUGCUAACAUGUAUUAAACGUUAUUUAGAAAAGGUGGAUUAUGUAAUAAUCAGGUACGUACCUGGCACUAAUGUGCUAACACACUGAUCAGGUUUAGACAGUGAGUUUUAGUCGUGUAUUCAUUAGCCCUAGUGUUGGUUUCCAGUUUAGAAUUAAGGAAACAAUUGACAUCUGCUCUUAGUAACAGCAACAUACUGUGAUUUUUUAAUUAAACAGUAAUUCAGAUUUAUUACUCUUAAGAAUGAAAUUCUGUCUUUUGACACCAUAGUGCCCUUUCUAUGAUUUUUUUUUUUUUUACUCAAUAUUCUUCUUGGCCUUAGAUUUAAAUCCCUAUGCAAUUAAUGUUUUAUAUCUGCAUUUUUUUAAAAAAAAAUAGAUGUUAUAUAAGUGAUUCUCAUAUGUAGCACCUAUUGUUUUUCCAGUAAAAAAAUUGAAGAUUUUGUAAUGUGAUUUGUAUUCACUGCCCCAAUUGACAAAGUAGUGGAGUCUUGCUAUAAUAUGAAACCUUACAGUCAUGGACCCCUUCCAAUCAGAUUUCUGAAAUUCAGAAGACUGGUAUAAAACUGUGAUGUGGAUAUCAAAACUACAAAUUAUAGUGAGGCUACAAUUAUACUUAUCUAUCUUGGCUUUGCAACAUAACUUAGAAAGCAGGUAUAGUUUGGUUUUUUAACCUAAGUUAUGUACAGUCUCUUAUGUAUUGAUUUGAGACUUACUAACAGACUUUGGGGGCAUAGAUAUAAGAAUGCCACUGCAGAGACAAGACCUCUCCUUUCAGACCUCUUAACUGGUGCCUAAGUAAAUAGAUGUGUCCUGAUUUCUAGCCCAUUGGCCGUAAUACUAUGCUAGAUUAAUGUCCUAGGUUUAUUUCUCCAGUCCACAAACUAAGUGUUCAUAACGAGAUGAAUUGUAGACUAGUAAUGUUUGAUGCUUUUAAAUGUUUGCUUCUUAAAAACAAAACAAAAAAACUAAAACCCACAACUGAAUUUUGAGGUGGAUGUUUCAAUAAAAGAGAUUGUUUGAGUUUGGUGUGGAAGCUGUUUUGUAAUAAAACCAAAAAACAAAAUCUAAAAAUCACUGACACGUGCCUGAACUAUCAAAACACAACACAGUUGGUGUGUAACAAUACUAAAUUGUGUUACCUGGAGGAUGUACAUAUUUUGAAAUUUAAAACACAGUAAUAAACAUUUGAUUAAUUCAGAAAUUUUAAAAAAUUAUCUUUAAAGCUGCCUGUUGGGAAAGUCCAAAGCAAUUUUGUCUGUUUUGAAGUGUAAUUUCUCCUUAACUUUUUACAAGUUACUGUUUUUGUAGACCUACAGUACUAAUUUUUAGAGAUCUUACCAUUGUGUUGAAUGUUUAAGAAUCGAUGGGCUGAGUAUGUACCUCAGUCAAAGGUAGAAUGCAAGCUUAGCCUGUGAAAGGCCCUGGGCUCAAUCCUAAGCACUACGCCCACCAAAAAAAGGAAAAGAAUUAAGAAAGGUGGCUUGCUUUAGAAAACUAAAGCACAUUAAAGAUUGUAAUAACAAAUUAAAAGGCAGUUUCAUAGAAAACAGUAUUUUUAAAUUUUUAUGUGUUCCUCCAGUACAUAUUGCCUAAAAAUAUAAUGUAUUUUGAGUUUCCAUGUGUAUUUUAGUUCAUUACUAUGAAUAAUAAGAUUUCUGAAUUAUUUCUAAA